UCGCUGACGACAAAAAUACAUUAUAUUCCAGUAUAAUAUUAUUUUCCAUAUGCCCACCAUUCUAAAGCUGAGAAGCAUCAACCCUGUUUUCACAGAGCUGCAAAAUGGGUGGACUGAAAGAAAAGUUUCAGGCUUUUAUGAACAACAGAUGGCUGGUUUUUGUUGUUGCGAUGUGGAUACAAUCCUUCACUGGACCUGGAUUUCUAUUUGGUAGCAUAUCGCCUGUGAUCAAAGCUGCUUUGAAUUAUAAUCAAAGGCAGCUUUCCCGGUUGGGUGUGGCCAAAGAUCUUGGAGCCUGUGUUGGGUUUUUAGCCGGGAGCUUGUCUGAGAUUUUGCCUUUUUGGGGUGUUCUGUUCGUCGGUGCUUUGCACAAUCUUGUUGGUUAUGGUGGCCUUUGGUUGAUUGUUUCUGGGAGAGCUCCAGUUUUGCCUCUGUGGGCUAUGUGCGCCUUGUUAUUUGUGGGAGCCAAUGGCCAGACCUACUUCAACACGGCUGUUCUGGUUUCCUGUGUGCAAAAUUUCCCCAAGAGCAGGGGUCCAGUGGUGGGAAUUCUAAAGGGAUUUUCUGCUUUGAGUGGUGCAGUUUUGACUCAGAUAUACACUACCAUUAAUUUCCGAGAUCAAUCAUCUUUGAUACUCAUGCUUGCACUUGGACCAUCAAUGGUGGUUGUUGCUUUUAUGUUCAUUAUCAGAUCUGUUGAAGGUCACAAACAAGUGUACCCAUCAGAUGGUUUGAGUUUUGCAGUUAUUUAUAGUGUGUGCCUCCUCUUGGCUGCUUACUUGAUGGGGAUCAUGAUUCUUGAAGAUGUUGGUACCUUGAACCACAGUUUAGUAACAGCUUUUACUGUGAUUUUGUUUGUUCUUAUUUUCAUUCCCAUCAUGUUAAGUUUUCGCAAAGAGCCUAGUGAUCCUGACCAAGAGGUUCUUCUACCUAAGACCGAGCAGCGAGAAGAUGGAAACUCUGAUCGGAAUGCUCGAGAACAUGAAGUAGUAUGCAGUGAGGUUGCAGAUGAAAUGCCCGAGGAAGUAGGUGCCAAGAGGACUCGAGGUCCUAGGGCCGGGGAGGACUUUACCUUGAUGCAGGCUUUGAUCACAGCAGACUUUUGGCUUAUCAUGUUAUCUCUUCUAUUGGGUUCAGGAUCAGGGUUGACAGUGAUAGAUAAUCUUGGUCAGAUGAGCCAAUCUUUGGGGUAUGAUAAUGCUCAUAUAUAUGUGUCUGUAAUUAGCAUUUGGAACUUUCUCGGUCGGGUCGGCGGAGGUUCCUUCUCGGAGAUCAUCGUGAGGGAUCAUGCUUAUCCAAGACCGGCAGCCAUCGCUGCUGCGCAGCUCGUUAUGGCCGUUGGCCAUGUCUUCUUUGCCAUGGGAUGGCCUGGAGCAAUGUAUAUUGGUACUAUGUUGAUCGGGCUUUGCUACGGUGCUCACUGGGCAAUUGUGCCAGCUACUGCCUCUGAGUUAUUUGGCUUGAAAAAGUUUGGGGCUCUCUACAAUUUCCUCAAUCUGGCGAAUCCGGCAGGUACACUUAUCUUCUCAAGUCUAAUUGCCAGCAGUAUCUAUGACCGAGAAGCCGAGAAACAAGCUCAUCAACAUCAUAUGCAGCCACGGAUUCCGGGGUCGAUUUUAUCCGGAAUGUUUGGCGUAGAUGAACCGCCAAAGUGCGAAGGCUCUAUAUGCUUCUUUCUGAGUUCCAUGAUAAUGUCAGGAUUCUGCAUCAUUGCAGCUGGUUUAAGCAUGAUACUUGUGUACCGUACUAAGACUGUUUUUGCUCGUCUUUACGGAAAAUCUCACACUUAAUGUCAAGGAAGAGAUCUUGCACUUGAUGUCGAGGACAAGAUCGAGUGAUAUAGGAGGGUUCUUCCACGAAUACUGUAAGCCUAUUCUAAAACCAGUUCUUUGCUCUGUAACCUGGUUCACUGCUUGUAUUAAUAAUAUUUAAAGAACAUUUCUUAAGUUCAAAGUGUCAGUUUCAUUCCA